AUCAAUGCAACUUUAGUUUCAUUAUUAGUGUAGGUAUGAGUGACCACAUCUGCAAUAUUAUCUAGGGAAGCAGGGUGUCCGUCGGUGGUUUCUUUCACAGAGAUGAAAAAUACUUGCAGAUUUUACUGCAGAAACACUUCAAUGGUUCACUGCAGCCACAUUCUCUACCUAUAAAAGCACAGACAUAUUGAUUCAGCAGAUCUUAUCUGCUCUCUCUCUGUCAAUCGAUCACUCUACGAAUCCCUAUCUACUCGCUCCUCAGCUUCUGCAAAUGGCCUCCGAAGGAAUCCUGUUGGGGAUGGGCAACCCCCUUCUUGACAUCUCCGCCAUUGUCGAUGAAGACUUCUUGAAAAAAUAUGAUCUCCAACUCAACAAUGCGAUUCUUGCAGAGGACAAGCACCUACCCAUAUAUGAGGAACUUUCUUCCAACCCUAACGUGGAGUACAUUGCUGGAGGUGCUACUAACAAGUCCAUUCGAGUUGCCCAGUGGAUGCUUCAAGUACCCGGUGCAACAAGUUAUAUGGGUAGCAUAGGCAAGGACAAGUAUGGGGAUGAAAUGAAGAGGAACUCAAAACUAGCUGGUGUUAAUGUUCACUUUUACGAGGAUGAGUCUGCACCAACAGGAACUUGUGCUAUUUGUAUCGUGGGUGAUGAAAGGUCACUUGUUGCCAAUUUGUCAGCUGCUAACUGCUACAAAUUUGAGCAUUUGAAAAGACCAGAAAAUUGGGCAUUAGUUGAGAAGGCCAAAUACUUGUAUAUUGCUGGUUUUUUCCUAACUGUAUCGCCAGAAUCCAUACAGCUUGUUGCUGAACAUGCAGCCAAUAAUAACAAGAUUUUCGGCAUGAACCUUUCUGCUACAUUUAUCUGUGAGUUUUUCAAGGAUGCUCAGGACAAAGCUUUGCCGUAUGUGGACUAUGUUUUUGGAAAUGAGACAGAAGCAAGAACAUUCUCAAAAGUUCAUGGCUGGGAGACUGAUGAUGUUGAAGAAAUAGCUCUAAAGAUCUCCCAGUGGCCGAAAGCAUCAGGAGCACACAAGAGGAUUACUGUCAUAACUCAAGGUGCAGAUCCUGUAGUUGUCGCUGAGGAUGGGAAAGUGAAGAAGUUCCCAGUGAUACUGUUGCCCAAAGAAAAGAUUGUUGAUACCAUUGGAGCAGGGGAUGCGUUUGUUGGUGGCUUUCUAUCACAGUUAGUUCAAGAGAAACCCACUGAAGAGUGCGUGAGAGCCGGUUGUUAUGCUGCAAGUGUGAUCAUCCAAAGGUCUGGCUGCACCUACCCAGAGAAGCCUGAUUUUAACUGAGUCAUGAUUCCUUUUGUUCUUCCUACCUAUGCUUUAUUUGAAGUUUUGAUUGCUGAGAACUCUACUGCUAUUUUUCUGUCUCUCUUUUCAAGUAGUUUUCAUAUCAAACCAAAUGUAGUCUGGCCAGCAGAACCAUUGACCAGUCUCAGAUGUAGGUAAUGGUAUCAAACCAAAUGUAGUUUUGGUUCCAAUGAAUAUUUUGGUUGGAUCUUUCAUUCCAGAUUCAAAAUAGAACUGACAUACAGUCCUUUUGUUCAAAUUCUAAACAAAAGUGAAAGGCAGUGGCUGUUCUGUUUGUUCAAUAUACAAAAAUGAAAUGCACCUUGCAGCAUUUGGCAGCUGAUCUGUUACCAUGUUUGAGCCUAUAGGAGCCUAAACAGUUUCUCAUUCGAUUUUACACGUUCUUAAUUGAGGAAGGGAGAUU